AUGGCAAAUUUCAAGAAGAAGUUCAGACGCUUCGAAGGUGCAGUGUCACAAAAAACAGCCAGAUACAACCGUGAAAUCAUACUGAAAUUUGAUGACAGGUGGCUUGGAAUCACUUGUGACAAUUCUGGAAGUGUCGCGAAUUUCAGCCUUCCACAUUUUGGUCUGAGAGGUAAGCUUCAUAGUUUCAACUUCUCAUCCUUCCCCAAUCUUGUCACUCUCAUUCUCUGGAACAAUUCACUCUAUGGAACUAUUCCAUCCCACAUUAGUAACCUGACCAAAAUCACCAAUUUAGACUUGUGUGAUAAUCAUUUCGCAGGGAAUAUUCCACUUGAGAUAGGAUUCUUAACAAGUCUUAACUUUUUAUACCUUUGUGGAAAUGAUCUCACUGGCUUGAUCCCAGCCUCUAUUGGAACUUUAAAACACCUAUCUGUUCUCUAUUUAUGGGGUAACAAACUCUCUGGUAGGAUCCCUUCUUCUAUUGAAAAUCUGAGAAACUUAUCAUUUCUCUCUUUUUGGAAUAACAAACUAUCUGGUUCCAUUCCUUCUUCUAUUGGGAACAUGACUAAGCUCAUUGACUUGCGUCUAAGUGAAAAUAAUCUCAACGGUUUGAUCCCAACCUCUAUUGGAACUUUAAAACACCUCUCCGUUCUCUAUCUCUGGGGUAACAAGCUCUCUGGCUUGAUACCUUCAGAGAUUGGAUCACUACAGUCUCUCAGUUCCCUUGACUUGGCAAUCAAUGAUUUAACUGGUAGGAUCCCUCCUUCUAUCGGAAAUAUGAGAAACUUGUCAAUUCUCUUGCUCUGGGAUAACAAACUUUCUGGUUCUAUUCCUUCUUCUAUAGGGAACAUGACUAAGCUCAUUGAUUUGCGUCUUCAACAAAAUAAUCUCACCGGUUUGAUCCCAACCUCGAUUGGAACUUUGAAACACCUAUCCGUUCUCUCUCUAUGGGGUAACAAACUCUCUGGCUUGAUACCUCCAGAGAUUGGAUCACUACAGUCUCUCAGUUCCCUUGACUUGUCAAGCAAUGAUUUAACUGGUAGGAUCCCUUCUUCUAUUGAAAAUCUGAAAAACUUAUCAUUUCUCUUUUUCGAGCAUAACAAACUUUCUGGUUCUAUUCCUUCUUCUAUCGGAAACAUGACUAAGCUCACUCGACUUCGUCUGAACAUGAAUAAUUUAUCUGGAUCUGUUCCUUGGGAAAUAGGACAACUCGAAUCCCUUGUUGAAUUGAGUUUGCACACUAAUAAUCUCAAUGGUGCUCUACCCCACGAGAUGAACAAUCUCACACAUUUGAUGAUUUUGCACUUGCUUUCAAACAAUUUCACUGGCCAUUUACCACGAGACUUGUGCCUUGGUGGGUUGCUUGUAAAUUUUUCAGCCGGCUACAAUCAUUUUUCUGGUCCAAUCCCUAAAAGCUUGCAAAAUUGUACUCGUCUGUUUAGAGUUAGGCUUGAAUGGAACCAAUUGACGGGUAAUAUUUCUGAAGAUUUUGGCCUCUACCCAAACUUGAACUAUGUGGACCUAAGUCACAAUGAUUUCUAUGGUGAGCUUACUUGGAAAUGGGGAGGUUUUCACAACUUGGCGAGCCUAAAAUUGUCAAACAAUAAUAUCACCGGUGAGAUACCAUCAGAGGUUGGAAAGGCGACUGGGCUAAAAAUGAUUGAUCUCUCAUCAAAUCUCCUAAAGGGGACAAUUCCAAAAGGUCUCUGUGGAAAUGCCAGUGGUCUAAAGCCUUGUACACUUCUUACAAGCAGGAGAAAGAGAAACAAGAUUGUCAUUUUGAUUCCUUUUCCUCUCCAGGGCAGUCUACUUCUACUACUUACCAUGGUUGGGUGUUUAUACUUUCCCUACCGAACAAGUAGAGAAAGAAUUUCCUGUUUAGUAAAGCGACAAAGUCCACUCGGUUUUGCAGUGUGGAGCUUUGAGGAAGAGAUCCUACAUGAAACUAUCAUCCAGGCCACUAAUAAUUUCAACUCCAAUAAUUAUAUAGGGAAAGGGGGAUACGGAAUUGUUUAUCGAGCCAUGCUGCCAACAGGUCAGGUGGUUGCCGUGAAGAAACUUCACCCAUCAAGAGAGGGCGAGCUUAUGGAUUUGAGAACUUUUAGAAAUGAGGUUGGCAUGUUAAUAGAUAUUCGACAUCGGAAUAUUGUGAAGUUAUAUGGAUUUUGUUCAUUAACAGAGCACUCUUUUUUAGUUUACGAGUUCAUAGAAAGGGGAAGUUUGAAGAUGAAUUUAUCUAGCGAAGAACAGGCAAUGGACUUGGAUUGGAAUAGAAGGCUUAAUGUUGUUAAAGGAGUGGCCAAUGCAUUAUCCUAUUUGCACCAUGAUUGCUCGCCUCCAAUCAUUCAUCGAGACAUUUCCAGCAGCAAUGUUCUUUUAGAUUUGGAAUACGAGGCUCAUGUUUCGGAUUUUGGGACAGCUCGGCUCUUGAUGCCUGACUCAACCAACUGGACUUCAUUUGCUGGCACCUUCGGAUACACAGCUCCAGAACUAGCUUACACAAUGAGAGUGAACGAGAAGUGCGAUUUUGGUCCCUCAAUUUUAGGAAUUUACACUUUAGUCCCUAUACUUUAUGAAAAGUACAAUUUGGUCCCUGUGUAUAUGCAAGUCUUAACUGAUCUUCUAUUAGAUGAAACCAGAGUUCAGCACCUACCCUCUUCCACUGGAUUUUUGAAGAAGCUCAAAAAGUUAUUGGUGCGUGGACGCCGCUGGAUCACCUAUUUUGGUACCGACUCAGCAGAGCUUGUCAUCAAGCAACAACCUUUCCUCCCACCCACCUUCUUUGGUUUAAGCUCAUUGACAACACUCGAUAUUAGUGAUAGCCAUUUAUCUAACAAUGAUACUUCCAUCAAUCUUGGGAGUUUAUCCUCUCUCCAGGAUUUGAAUUUGGCAGGAAAUGAUUUCUCCGAGUUGCCUGCCGGCAUUGGCCACCUUGCAAAGCUAGAGAAACUGGACCUGUCAUGGUGUCGAAAUCUUCUGUUUAUCUCAGAGGUCCCCUCGAGUUUAAGAGCUUUGGUGGCACGUGAUUGCACAUCAUUGGAAAAGGUGUCAAUUCAGUCAGAAACAGCGCCGGAUCUGUUACUGGGUGGCUGUGGAAAACUAGCUGAGAUUCAAGGCUUGGAGAGUGUAGAAAACAAACCAGUCAUUCGCAUGGAAAACUGUAACAAUUUGUCAAACAAUUUUAAGGAGAUUCUUCUUCAGGUUUUGUCCAAGCGAAAGCUUGCUGACGUUGUUCUCCCGGGUAGCGAUGUACCGCAUUGGUUUAUGCAAUAUCAAAGAGAUGUAUCUUCCUCAACAUUUCGUAUACCACCCAUUUCAUCUGGUUUAAUUCCAGGACUAAUUGUCUGGACUGUCUAUGGAGCCAUGGAAGAAGAGCAUGAAGGUGAAGAUGCAGAUCAUUCUUGGGUGAUCUAUAUCCCAUUUACCAGGAUUCAAGGUGCAAUAGAAGGUAAAUUGCCUUCGCACGGUGUUCAAAUAAUGUUUGCAAAGAAUGAAAGGAAAAUGGGUGUACCUGGUUCUGGAAACGUCGAAUACAGUAGCAACGCUGGUUCUGAUCUCGGUGAUUUUCGUCUGCUUAUGUCUUCUUCUCCGCCGUCUUCUUCUAGACAUGGAUGGACCCAUGAUGUGUUUAUCAGUUUCAGAGGACCAGAUACUCGCAACGAGUUUACAAAUCACAUUUACACUGCCUUACGUCUCGCAGGGUUCUAUGUCUUUCAGGAAGAUAACGAUCUUACUCUAGAUCAAAAAGAAUUCUCCCAAUUCAUUAAGGCAAUUCAAGAAUCAAGGAUUUCUAUAGUCAUCUUCUCCAAAGGCUAUGCUUCCUCCAGGUGGUGUCUUGAAGAACUCGUCGAGAUUCUUCAGUGCAAACGUACCUCUGGACAUGUUGUUCUUCCAGUUUUCUAUAACUUAGAUUCUUCAGAUGUUUAA